AUGCUUGAUAAAUAUGAUGCGCAUGAAAACCAUUGGCUGAAAUUGACUUUUGCAGUGAAAGAAAAAUGGGGUUGGCCUUACGUUAGAUCAACAUGGGCUGCGGGAAUGAGUACCACACAACUCAGUGAAUCUUUUAAUGCUUUUUUGAAGGAUUACAUUCAUUCUGAUUUUAACUUGAAUGAAUUCUUCAUGCAUUUCGAAAGGGUACUUUACGAGAAGCGAUACAAGGAGUUAGAAGCAGGAUAUGCUUUGUGCCAAAGGUUGCCAAAGGUGAAAGCCAUCAUAAAAGCAAUUGAAUCAGACAUAGAAGCAAUUGAAUAUGGCGAGGCUAGUACCAUUUACAAAGUUGUUGAUGUUGGUAACAAACAUGCAAGAAAAGUGAAGAUGGAGAGGGAUGGGUCAUUGGGUUGCAAUUGUACAAAGUUUGAAAGGGAAGGAAUCUUCUGUUGUCAAUCAUUGAAGGUUAUUAGAGACAUAUUGAAGAUGAAAGAGGUUCCUCCACAAUACAUUCUGAAGAGGUGGACCAAACAAGCAAGAGCCGAAACUGUGAUGGACAUUAAGGGGAAUGACAUUGAAGUGGAUGUAAAAUUCCAACAAGCCUCGCGGUAUAAGACAUUGAUGACCGCAUUUCGAGCACUAGCAAGUACAGCUGCUGAAACUGAAGAAACUUAUGAUUUUUGUAUUGCACACCUUGCUACAUUAGGUGCAAAUGUUGAAGGCAAGUUAGGUGCUCUUUUUUGUGUUGGAAAUGAAGUAAGUAAUGAUCAUGACACCCAAAGCUUUGAAGUGGAUUGCGAAGAUGUGAAUCAUGUUGUGCAACCAAAAGGAUUUAAGAAAAAACUGGCAACUAGUAAGGGCAAAAGGAGGGUAAAAGGUGGAUUCGAAGUGGCGUUGAUAGCGAACUCCAAAAAAAAAUCCCGUGCUAACAGCUUCGCUUCGUCACAAUCUAUUGCAAGUCCAACAGUUGCACCUUCUCCAUUAUCUGUUGGAGGAGAGAUCUAUGUUCGUCAACAUGUUCCUCCUCUUCAACCUCUUCCUCCCCGUCGUCAUUUUCCUCCAUCUUUGCCCAUGGGUGGUAAUUCUAUUCCUCCGUCAUUGAUGAAUCCCACAUAUCAUGACAUGUACGUAGUGCAUAAUUCAGUGCCAAAUUUAAUGCCGCAACGGUAUCCUACUGAACCAACAUUCCAGUCACUACUUCAAGGUUCAUAUGGAUAUGACAUUGGCAACAAAGACAAGCAAACUGAAGAUGAAAAUGGCAUGCAAAGUGAAGUGAUACCAUCUCAAAUUGUGAAGCUAACUCAUGCUGGAUUGCUGCACAAUUCUGAUGUUGCUAAGAAGGAUGAAGUAAUGGCCUUGUGUAUGAGAAUGACUCUGUUUUUUGUGAGAAUGACUCUGUGUUCAAAUUCUGUUUGUAAUGAGAAUGACUUAAGUGAAGCGAUGUUAAAUUCUGAUGUUAAUGAGAAUGGCUCUGUUUUUUGCAAAAUGGCUUGUCAAGUAAUGCCUUGUGUAUGA